AUGCCCUCGCAGUUUGGCAGUUCUCCAGGACGUGAUACCAACAAGUCUGAUUCUCAGUCUCAAUCUCAAUCUCAAUCUCAAUCUCAAUCUCAAUCUCAAUCUCAAUCUCAAUCUCAAUCUCAAUCUCAGCUUCCAGGUGUCUCUCAAACUUCAGAAACCAAUCUUCCUCUGAGACCUGCUGUGCCUUCGUCUCCACUAUUCUUCCAGAGUUCUUCUAGUGCUCCUGUUCCUCCUCCUUCAGAAAUUGGUGACUAUAGAACGCCUGAUGCCAAUCUAUUUAACAAUAUCUCAUCUCCAUUGCGUUAUUCGUCUUCUGUUUAUAACUCUGAUGCUUUGAAUAAUUUAAAAUCUCAAUCCUCAGUUUUUAGAUCUGAUUUGGCUUCAGAUGCAACAAAAGAAAGAUUGCGCCGUAAUGCUCGUCAUAGAGGUGAUUUAAAUGAUGCUUCAGCUUCUUCUCCAAGAAACAAACCUAGAUAUUUCACUGAGCGCAAAGGCUCGAAUCUCUCUUCCCAUAUUUCCAGCAAUAAUACUGAAACAAACAUAGAUGAGGAUGACGACGACAACGAGCCUGUUAGAGUUAUUUGGGGUACCAAUGUCAGUAUUCUGGAUUGCUCCAACAAUUUUAGAAACUUUCUAAUGUCAUUUAAACAAAAAUACCAAUCAAGAACUACUCAUACCAACGAUCAGCAAGAUGCUGAUAUUGAUAUUGAUAUUGAUAUUGACAUUGAUGCCAAUGUUGAUACUCACAAUGAUCAUGAUGAAAAUGAUUUGUAUUAUGUUAACUUAUUAAAUGAGAUGAGAUCCCUAAAUUUGACAAAUCUAAAUCUUAAUGCUAAAAAUCUUUUAAAAUACCCUCCAACUAAAAAAUUAUACUACCAAUUAAUAAAUUAUCCUCAAGAAGUUAUUCCGAUAAUGGAUCAAACUGUUAAAGAUUGCAUGGUGAAUUUAGCUACCGAAAAUAACCCAAAUUAUAAUGUGGAACAAAUCGAAACAACAAAUUAUAAAGUUAGACCCUUCAACAUUGACUGUAAAACUGGAAUGAGAGAAUUAAAUCCUAAUGAUAUCGACAAGUUAAUCUCCAUAAAAGGUUUGGUUUUAAGAUCAACCUCAAUAAUACCUGAUAUGAAAAUUGCUUUCUUUAAAUGCAACGUCUGCAAUCAUAGUACAACUGUGGAAAUUGAUAGGGGUAUCAUUUCUGAACCUGUGAGAUGUCCAAGAGCAGCUUGUAACAAAAUGAACUCAAUGGAGAUCGUUCACAAUAGAUGUUCUUUUUCUGACAAACAGGUUAUCAAAUUACAGGAGACACCAGAUCUAGUUCCUGAUGGUCAAACACCUCAUUCGGUUUCUUUAUGUAUUUAUGAUGAAUUGGUGGAUAGUUGUAGAGCUGGUGAUAGAAUUGAAGUUACUGGUAUUUUCAGAUCUAUUCCUGUGAGAGUAAAUGCAAGGCAAAGACAAUUAAAAAAAUUAUUUAAAACUUAUCUUGAUGUUGUUCAUAUUAAAAAGAUUGAUAAAAAGAGACUAACCAUCGAUACCAACUUGGAGACUCAAAUCAGUGAUCAACAAGAUAGUGUUGAAAAUUCACGAAAAAUAACAGAAGCUGAGAAUUUAAAAAUUCAGGAAAUAUCAAAGAGGCCUGAUUUGUAUGAACUACUAGCAAGGUCAAUUGCUCCUUCAAUAUUUGAAAUGGAUGAUAUUAAAAAGGGAAUUUUAUUACAAUUGUUUGGCGGAACAAAUAAAGUAUUAUCAAAAGGUGGUAGGUAUAGGGGUGAUAUUAAUAUUCUUUUAUGUGGUGACCCAUCCACUUCCAAAUCUCAAUUACUACAGUAUGUUCAUAAAAUUGCACCAAGAGGUGUUUAUACUUCUGGUAAGGGUUCUUCUGCUGUUGGUUUAACUGCCUAUGUUACUAGAGAUUUGGACACGAAACAAUUAGUUCUAGAAAGUGGUGCUUUGGUUUUAUCAGAUGGAGGUAUUUGUUGUAUUGAUGAAUUUGAUAAAAUGUCUGAGUCAACAAGAUCUGUUCUUCAUGAGGUUAUGGAACAACAAACAAUCUCUAUUGCAAAAGCUGGUAUCAUUACAACAUUAAAUGCCAGAACUUCGAUUUUAGCUUCUGCCAAUCCCAUUGGUUCACGAUACAAUCCCGAUUUGCCGGUGACAUCAAAUAUUGAUUUACCUCCCCCAUUAUUGUCUAGAUUUGAUUUAGUUUAUCUUGUAUUGGAUAAAAUUGAUUCUAAAAUUGAUAUUGAAUUAGCAAGACAUAUCACGAAUAUGUAUUUGAAAGACUCUCCAGAUAAUGGAUCAGAAAGUGAAAUUUUGCCUGUUGAAUUUUUAACUCUUUAUAUCAGUUAUGCCAGAGAGAAUUUUGAGCCAAUAAUUCAAUCAGAUGCUAAGGAUGAACUAAUUAGAUCAUAUGUUGAGAUGAGAAAAUUAGGUGAAGAUGUUAGAUCAUCAGAAAAAAGAAUUACAGCUACAACAAGACAGUUAGAAAGUCUAAUCAGAUUAGGUGAAGCGCAUGCCAAAAUGAGAAUGUCCACUAAAGUUGAGGUUGAAGACAUAAAAGAGGCCGUAAGAUUAAUGAAAUCAGCUAUCAAGGAUUAUGCCACUGAUCCUAUCACCGGUAGAAUUGAUAUGGAUUUGAUUCAAACUGGUCAAUCAUCGGCUCAAAGAAAGAUGAAGGAAGAUUUGUCAAAGGAGGUAAUAAAAAUAAUUAAAAAUACUGGUAGUGGAUCAAUAGGUUAUAACGACUUGUUUAGAAAAAUCAAUGAACAAUCUCAAGAAAGGGUUGAAAAUAUGGAUCUCAACGAGAUAUUGCGAAGAUUGGUGAACGACAAUGAGGUUCAUGUAGUAGGUGUUGAUAGUGACCACCCUCUAGCUCCUCAUGGUGAGCAACAAGCUCAGGAACUAGCAGUCUACAUCAGUACCAUUGAACCAAAGCCAGAGUUGAUCUUCUCGUCCCCCUUUUAUCGUUGCUUGCAAACUGCAACUCCAACUGCUGAAGCUUUGAAUCUAAAAAUCUUGCUUGAGCCAGGCAUUGGAGAGUGGUAUAAACCAACAAGACCAGUUAUCCCAGAACCUGCUUCGUACACAAAUUUGGCUCGAUUCUUUGAUCAUUUAGAUAAUUCCAUUUGGAACAAACCUACUUUGGUGCCAUCGAAAAAGGGCGAAGAUGAAGACGAGAUUUUUCAGAGAUGCAAGCAAUUCUGGUCUCUAUUCUUGAAAAGAAUGGACCAAUUGUAUCCAGAUGUGCAAACAGUUUUAUUUAUUACUCAUGCUGCAAGCAAAAUAGCAUUGGGUAUGUCUUUAAUGGGAUUUGCAAGUGUAAGAAGCUAUCUCAACGACAAAAAAGAGUUGAUCAGGUCUGGAGCCUGUGCAAUUGAUACCUACGAGUUCAGUGAUUUGGAUCAUAGUUGGAAACUCAAAGUGAAUGGUUUUACAAACCAUUUGAAAGCUGGCGAAGAGAUGAACUGGAACUUUUUAAAUGGCCAUGAAGCAGGAUCUGACGAAGAUAUAAAAGCCAGGAAAUUGGCUGAAAAAGCCCAAAUAGUAUCCAGUGCAAAUGAGUUUUUCAAACCUGAAUAG